GUGUUCUUUGAUGUGAAGAUUGGAGACAGAGAUGUUGGCAGAAUUGUUAUUGGAUUAUUUGGAAAAGUUGUCCCAAAGACCGUGGAGAACUUCAUUGCACUGGCAACUGGAGAAAGAGGAUAUGGAUAAAAAGGAAGUAAAUUUCAUCGUGUGAUCAAAGACUUCAUGAUUCAAGGAGGAGACUUUACAGCUGGAGAUGGAUCAGGAGGAAGAAGCAUCUAUGGAGAAAGAUUUCCAGAUGAGAACUUCAAGCUCAAACACUAUGGAAUUGGAUGGGUUAGCAUGGCUAACUCUGGCCCAGACACCAAUGGAUCCCAGUUCUUCAUCAGUGUGACAAAACCUUCCUGGUUAGAUGGAAAACACGUAGUAUUUGGCAAAGUCCUUGAUGGAAUGUCUGUGGUGCACUUGAUAGAACUCCAGCAGACAGAUGAACAUGACCAGCCCCUUCAAGACUGUGUGAUUGUGAACAGUGGCAAAAUAGCUGUAAAAGAACCAUUUGUAGUCGAAGUAGGAGACUGGUGA